GGGCAAGAGAAUGCGAUUUGACUUAUUAUUACUCACUGGUGUACAGUGCUGGAUAUUGUCGCUGUUGUUAUUAUUAUCACGACCAGCGUGUCCAGCCCAGCCAGCUAUGAUCGAGAUUCGAGGCAGUCCUACGCUGCACCUUGUAAGAGUUGUAUACACCGAGCCCUGGUACACGAACACGUCUAGGCCAGCUUCCGUGCUCUGUCGCUGUGGCUUGGGAUGUCGAGGAUGGAGCCUCACGAAUAUCUAGGUAAGGUAGGUAAGGUAUGUAAGGUAGUCGUAGGUAGAGGUGCAUCGCAUUAAACAAGAGGCAUGUACCGAGGUGGGAUGAAGUAUAAACUAGUAGGAAUGGAUGCAGG